AUGAAAGGUUGGCAUUGUGUUGGUCAUGAACUGCCCCCGGAAGCCAUAGUUUCACCCUGGGAGGACUCCCCUACGAGCCCAAGAGGUCCCUGCCCAUCGGGCACUCCCCCUGGGAGGACUCCCCUACGAGCCCAAGAGGUCCCUGCCCAUCGGGCACUCCCCCUGGGAGGACUCCCCGACGAGCCCAAGAGGUCCCUGCCCAUCGGGCACUCCCCCUGGGAGGACUCCCCGACGAGCCCAAGAGGUCCCUGCCCAUCGGGCACUCCCCCUGGGAGGACUCCCCUACGAGCCCAAGAGGUCCCUGCCCAUCGGGCACUCCCCCUGGGAGGACUCCCCUACGAGCCCAAGAGGUCCCUGCCCAUCGGGCACUCCCCCUGGGAGGACUCCCCGACGAGCCCAAGAGGUCCCUGCCCAUCGGGCACUCCCCCUGGGAGGACUCCCCGACGAGCCCAAGAGGUCCCUGCCCAUCGGGCACUCCCCCUGGGAGGACUCUCCGACGAGCCCAAGAGGUCCCUGCCCAUCGGGCAUUCCCCCUGGGAGGACUCCCCUACGAGCCCAAGAGGUCCCUGCCCAUCGGGCACUCCCCCUGGGAGGACUCCCCGACGAGCCCAAGAGGUUCCUGCCCAUCGGGCACUCCCCCUGGGAGGACUCCCCGACGAGCCCAAGAGGUCCCUGCCCGUCGGGCACUCCCCCUGGGAGGACUCCCCUACGAGCCCAAGAGGUCCCUGCCCGUCGGGCACUCCCCCUGGGAGGACUCCCCUACGAGCCCAAGAGGUCCCUGCCCAUCGGGCACUCCCCCUGGGAGGACUCCCCUACGAGCCCAAGAGGUCCCUGCCCAUCGGGCACUCCCCCUGGGAGGACUCCCCGACGAGCCCAAGAGGUCCCUGCCCAUCGGGCAUUCCCCCUGGGAGGACUCCCCUACGAGCCCAAGAGGUCCCUGCCCAUCGGGCACUCCCCCUGGGAGGACUCCCCUACGAGCCCAAGAGGUCCCUGCCCGUCGGGCACUCCCCCUGGGAGGACUCCCCUACGAGCCCAAGAGGUCCCUGCCCAUCGGGCACUCCCCCUGGGAGGACUCCCCUACGAGCCCAAGAGGUCCCUGCCCGUCGGGCACUCCCCCUGGGAGGACUCCCCUACGAGCCCAAGAGGUCCCUGCCCAUCGGGCACUCCCCCUGGGAGGACUCCCCUACGAGCCCAAGAGGUCCCUGCCCAUCGGGCACUCCCCCUGGGAGGACUCCCCGACGAGCCCAAGAGGUCCCUGCCCAUCGGGCACUCCCCCUGGGAGGACUCCCCGACGAGCCCAAGAGGUCCCUGCCCAUCGGGCACUCCCCCUGGGAGGACUCCCCGACGAGCCCAAGAGGUCCCUGCCCAUCGGGCACUCCCCCUGGGAGGACUCCCCUACGAGCCCAAGAGGUCCCUGCCCAUCGGGCACUCCCCCUGGGAGGACUCCCCGACGAGCCCAAGAGGUCCCUGCCCAUCGGGCACUCCCCCUGGGAGGACUCCCCGACGAGCCCAAGAGGUCCCUGCCCAUCGGGCACUCCCCCUGGGAGGACUCCCCUACGAGCCCAAGAGGUCCCUGCCCAUCGGGCACUCCCCCUGGGAGGACUCCCCUACGAGCCCAAGAGGUCCCUGCCCAUCGGGCACUCCCCCUGGGAGGACUCCCCGACGAGCCCAGGGAGGUCCCUGCCCAUCGGGCACUCCCCUUGGGAGGACUCCCCGAUGCGCCCAAAGAGGAGAGCAACUGAGGCAACAGAUUCAAUUCUCGCUGACCAGGGAAUAUGA